UUAUGAGAGACAGCGCCAUUAGGCGUCUUCAGUGCAUGGUAGACGGUGAGGCUACUGAAGCACGGCUGGUAAAGCAUAGGAGACGUGAGAUGGUGACUGCUGCACUUGGAGACAAUCAACCACCGCAGCAGCAACAAAGUAACGCGAUUUCAGCUCCGACAACUGUGAACAGAAGUUCAAGAUUUCGAGGGGCGAGUAGGCAUAGAUGGACAGGGAGAGAUGAAGCACAUUUGUGGGACAAACAAUCAUGGAAUGCAACUCAAAAGAAAAAGGGAAAACAAGUCUAUCUUGGAGCCUAUGACAACGAUGAAGCUGCAGCAAGAGCCUAUGACUUAGCUGCUCUUAAGUACUGGGGGACAAUGACUUGUACCAAUUUCCCAAUAUCUGAUUACGAGAAAGAAAUCGAAGUUAUGGAGACCAUCACAAAAGAACAGUACGUAGCCUCAUUGAGAAGAAACAACAGUGGUUUCGCAAGAGGGGUGUCAAAGUACAGAGGAGUUGCAAGACACCAUCAGAAUGGAAGAUGGGAAGCAAGGAUAGGCAGAGUUUUAGGAAAUAAGUACCUUUACCUUGACACUUACAGUACUCAAGAAGAGGCUGCUCGCGCAUACGACAUUGCCACAACAGAAUACAGAGGAAUCAACGCAACAUCAACUUCUACCUGAGCAAUUGCAUCUGAUGGCUGAAGCCGGGAGCAAACAUAUCAGUUCCUAGUCAGGAAUCAGAACAAAAAACGGAACUGCUGAAGGCUUUGACAGUAGUUAACCGGAGUAAGCAAGAACUGUGCGGUCGAAACGUCCUGUUUGGUUUAUGCAGAAAGCCAUCGUCUCCAACGGCACUAGUCCUGCUCCUUCGAUCUUCCAUGUUCAAAGAACUCAGUUCUGCAUCCGGAACAGGAAAACAGUGAUUGAAUAUGGAAGCGUGUGUUAUGAUACUCCGUUUUUGCUCUCCUCUAAUGGGUAAAAUCCAUAUUACCUU